AUGGAUGACUACGAUCUGGAUCGCGUCGCAUCGGACAAUCCUGCUCUGACUGCGCCUGCGGCCCAGCGGGCUCCCAUACGACGCCUUAAGUCCCAAGACCAAACAACGACGUCAGCAUCUCAAUCUACCAGUUCUCAAGCCACGGCCACGUCUGUAGAGCUGACGAAGUAUGAUGUCGGUUGGCGGCGAAUCGUUAGGAACUUCUCGCCGUCAUGGUUCUCUGUGACUAUGGGCACAGGAAUAGUAUCUCUACUUCUCGUUGCCAUCCCCUUCAAAGCAGAUUGGCUAUACUGGCUUGCAGUAGUUUUCUUCGGACUCAACACUAUCCUAUUUGCAUGCGCCUUCUCGGUCUCCGUCUUCCGAUAUGUCGUUUACCCUGAGAUAUGGACCGUUAUGAUCGCGGACAGUGUCAACUCGCUCUUCCUUGGAACCAUCCCAAUGGGGUUCGCUACCCUUGUCUCCGCUUGGUGCUCACUAUGCAUUCCAUACUGGGGACCUUGGGCUACCACUUUUGCUUGGGUUUGCUGGAUGAUCGAUUCUGUGGUUGCUGUAUCAGUCACGAUAUCGCUCACUGUUCUGCUGAUAUCCGCAUCUGAUCGUCAGGCUUUGGAUCGUAUUACUGCAGCUCAACUACUACCUAUCGCUGCGUCUAUCGUUGCGGCUGGUACUGGUGCUAGAGUUGCUGAGCAUCUACCCAACCCGCAACAUGCUCUCGGCACGAUAAUCGCAUCAUAUGUCAUGUGGGGAAUGUCUACGCCUUUGGCUAUGACUGUCUUAGUCAUGUACUAUACUCGUUUGGCUUUGCAUAAGUUACCGCCACGGGAGAUCGUGGUAUCGUCCUUUCUACCACUGGGCCCGUUAGGCAUGGGAGGCUAUUCCAUAACAUACCUUGGUUCGGUGAGCCGUCGAAUCUUCCCAGAAACCGAGUUCUUUUCAGAUAUUCCUGUAGCAGGUGACAUAUUCUUCGUUCUCGGAGUCUUCGUAGCACUCAUAAUGUGGGCAUUUGGGCUGACCUGGUUAUGCUUUGCUUUGGCAUCCAUAUACAAGUCUCGACCGUUUCCGUUCAACAUGGGUUGGUGGGGGUUCACCUUCCCUCUUGGAGUCAUGGCACUCAGUACGAUGGAGCUUGGUAACGUCUUCCCAAGUCUGGUUUUCAGGGUCUUGGGGACGAUCUUUGCCGUUGCCGUCAUUCUACUGUGGUGCGUAGUAGCUGUUGGCACGGCACGAGGUGCAUGGAGCGGUCGUCUGUUCAACGCGCCAUGUCUCAAGAACUUACCAAAAGGGGAUUCCACAGGGAAGGAUGGAGCAGAGAAAGAGAAAGGGCCGGCGCAAACAUGA